AAUGAAAAGAACACAGAAGCCUCCACGACGAAACUAGCUGGGGUUUUUAGCACUUCCCAAUUUCACAAGUGCCUCCAUCCUCGAACAAUAAGGUUACCGGGCAGGCGGAUCCAAAGCUACUUUCGUAUAUUAGCUGUCGAAAUCGAUCGACUGAGGAUUUUAGCGGGCAUUAGCAUUGCUUUAGUCUUUUGGAAUAAAGAUGGACUGGUGCUGUAUUCCUAUUUUAAUCGGUGGAGCCUGCCUUUUCUAGUUCGUUAAACAAUGGCGGUAUCGAUUUCGAAAAGCAUUUUACGCUCUUUUGGGUCUUUGAACGUUGGUCGUUGCAUUUCUCCAUUUCUCAGUUAUCAGUCAUUUCGAGCUUCUAAUGAUUUGUGUGGCCAUGUCUUUGGGAAUUGCUUAUUUUCUGCAGAAUCUUCUAGCUUUGUCAAGGGUGGGGCAGCUUCCCUUGCGUAUCGGAGGUUUUCAACAUCUAUCCUAACUCCUGGGUCAAGUGAUGGUGCAUUCCCCUCUGAUUUAUUAUCCACAAAGGCUGUGUUAACACCGGAGCGCAAAAUAGGCCUUUAUCAGGACUUGGUAAUUCCAGUGACAAAUUUUCACAAUGAGGACAAGGGAUUAAUGGUUUUGGCUGGUGAUGUUUUUGAUGUGCCCAUUAAGAAGCAUAUUAUUCAUCGUGUUGUACGAUGGCAACUUGCAAAACGACAACAGGGAACACAUUCGACAAAAACAAUCAGUGAAGUUAGUGGGACUGGUAGAAAACCAUAUCAACAGAAAGGUACUGGUCGAGCACGGCAUGGAACAUUGCGUGGACCACAGUUUAGGGGUGGUGCUACAAUGCAUGGCCCUAAGCCUCGGAGUCAUGCUAUUAAAUGCAACAAGAAAGUUAGGCGUCUAGGAUUGAAGAUUGCUUUGACGGCUCGAGCAGCAGAAGGAAAGCUUCUGGUUUUUGAGGAUUUGGAGGUCCCUACACAUAAAACGAAGAAUAUUGUGAACUAUGUCAACCAAAUGGAGAACACCAAGAAGCUACUGCUGGUGGAUGGUGGCCUGAUUAAUGAAAAGCUGAAGUUGGCUACUCAAAAUCUACAUUAUGUCAAUGUACUACCAUCAAUUGGCUUGAAUGUCUACAGCAUCCUGCUGCAUGAUACACUGGUGAUGUCUCGUGAUGCCAUAAACAGGAUUGUUGAACGGAUGCACACUCCAAUUAAUCGAUGAAGUGACAUCAUUUUGUGCUCCAUUCCAUUAGUUUUUGAGUUGAAAGACGACAAGAAGUAUCCAGAAUAAUCUUGUAUUGUUUUCUUCUCCUUAAAAUAUGCAAAAAUGCAGUCAGAUGCCCAUUACCUAGGACUAGUUUACCCUUCAAAUAGGAACAUUUUUAUUUGAAUUUCGGUGAGAGAUCAAAAAUGGCAUGAUGCAGAUUUUGCAUUGGUAUUUCCAGACAGAAAUUUACGCCCCCUUGGUUCUCA